CUUCGCGGGCUAUUGCCACGCACACUUGGCUCGUACGCUCCAACUCUCGCGCCGCCUGUUGCUCGGCGCUCCCAGCCGCCGUUCCCGCCCGGUAGGUGGGCGGACCCGAGUGGGGACGCGUGGGCCGCCUCCCGCCUUCCCCUCCUCCUGGCGCACGGGUGAUCCGGGGCCCCCGCGCGUCCGGGACCGCGCGAAGGCGGCUAGCCUCCAGCGCGCCAAGACACUGGGCGCCGCGCCGCGAUGAACGCCACCUUCCUGAACCACAGCGGUUUGCAAGAAGCGGGCGGCGAAGCCCGGGCCGCGCUGGGAAACCGCAGCCACCGGCUGGGCACGUGGCUAGACUGCUGCCCCGGGGGCGCGCCGCUGACCGCCAGCGAUGGGGUCCCCGCGGGGCUGGCACCCGACGAGCGCAGCCUGUGGGUGUCGCGCGUGGCGCAGAUCGCCGUGCUUUGCGUGCUGUCGCUCACCGUGGUCUUCGGCGUGUUUUUCCUGGGCUGCAACCUGCUCAUCAAGUCCGAGAGCAUGAUGGACUUUCUGGUGCAGGAGCGCCGACCCUCCAAGGACGUGGGUGCCGCCAUCCUGGGACUGUACUGAGCACCGCCAACCCUCGCCAGCGCGGCUGUACGGAGAGGGAGGGACGCUGGAGCCCCGUUCCCCUGGGCAUCGCGGCCUGCGGUUCGGGACCAGCCUCCGCCCGGUCCUGGAGCCCCGAGGGACUCGCUGCGGCGGCACGGAAAGGGACUUCCACUCGGGGCUCUGUCCUGGGUGCGCUCCAGCGGGGGUCAGGGGAGUGGGACUCCUCACGUGUUUUUUACAAAGAGAAAUUCGGGGCAGGGUUCGGGAUUGAGGGAGGAUGCGAUGC